ACAGAGACAAAACAAGUGUGUGUGUGACAGUGACAGAGUUGCGCUCGGGCUGAUCAGAAAGUGCCCGUGGCUGCUCACACUCCUCCUCUUCCUCCUCCUCUUCCACGGAGCGCCGGAGACGCACCGCGACCCCAGCAGGACCGGUGCGCUCCUCGGGCUCUGACUGGGACUGAACUUACCAUCCAGUGACUUUUUUUUAUUCAGCAAUGAACUGGCAGAAUGGCCAAGUGGUUCAAGGAGCACCUAGGAUUCAAAACUACCAAAGCACCUCCUCCUCCGGCGCCCCCGAAGCCGGACUACAGGUACUGUCACCCCGGGGUGCCCGGUGCGCCCGGCACGGCCACCACCUUCCCAUGCAGCAGCCCCGCGCAGCCGGACAUCCUCGCUGCCUACAAGCUGCAGAAGGAGCUGGACUUCGAGGACCCGUACAACACCCCCGGCGGGACGACCGUCCCGUACGGCCCCGGCUUGAACGCCGUCGGCUCGCCGGACAUCAAGUUCGUCUCCCCGAAGCACCGGCUGAUCAAGGUGGAGACGGUGGAGAAGAGCGGGGGACUCGGAGCGCCCGGCGCGGUGGCCGUCUCCCAGGCUGUACCUGCAGGGAGCGGAAAGUCUCCCACCUCACCCCCCUCGGACCACGACAAGGAGAAGCUAAUUAUCCUUGAGGACUAUGCUGACCCGUUCGAUGCAGAGCAGGCUGGCGGUGGUGGCACUCAGAUAACCAACACGGAAAAAGUGACAACUGAGAACGAUGGCUACAUGGAGCCAUAUGAGGCGCAGAAGAUGAUGGCAGAGAUCAGGUCAGGCGGGCGAGGCCCGAAGGACGGACCCGUGAAGCAGCUGCCUCUGUACGACACGCCGUACGAGCCGACGGAGAACGGCGGAGACUCGGACCCUGAGCGAUCACGAUGCCCCAGAGAGAGCCGGCUACCCCAGGACGACGAGCGGCCCCCCGAGGAAUACGACCAGCCGUGGGAGUGGAAGAAGGAGAGGAUUUCCAAAGCAUUUGCAGCUCUGCUUUGUUAUGACUGCAUUAGCUACGAGGGCUCUGUAAGUGGCACUGGAUCAGAUCCCCACAGAAGAAAGGACUCCACUUCUAAAUCCCUCACAGUAGAGAUUAAAGUGAUCAAGAACCUACCAUGGCCUCCUCCUGUUGGCCAGCUCAACACCAGCCCUCCGCUCACGGAGGAGCUGGAGUCUCCUUCCCCGACAGUUCAGCCUCCGCCCGGACAGACGAGCUGUGACCGGCACCACCAUGUUCAGUUUGAUGGAGUGGAAAAAUCGCGAAUGUCGCCCACCAAGGACGGGAAAACUCGCCCGCUUCAGCGACAUUCCAGUGGCUGUCUGGUUAACACCAAAAUGACCUCAAUGGACCACUGCAGCUCCUCUCUUGGGGAACGUAUUGAUCCCACAAUGCCUCUGGAAAGCCAGAUCUGGUACCAUGGAGCAAUCAGCCGGACGGACGCAGAGUCUCUGCUCAGGCUGUGCAAGGAGGCCAGCUACCUGGUGAGAAACAGCGAGACCAGCAAGAACGACUACUCUCUCUCACUCAAGAGCAGCCAGGGCUUCAUGCACAUGAAGCUGUCGCGGACGAAGGAGAACAAGUACAUCCUGGGCCAGAACAGCUGCCCCUUCGACAGCGUGCCUGAGAUCAUCCAUUUCUACUCCAGCCGCAAGCUGCCCAUCAAGGGUGCCGAGCACAUGUCCCUGCUGUACCCCGUAGCCAUCAGGACACUAUAGUGCUCCGGGUCACGUGCAGGCGUCCACCCCUGCAGAACUCACUCUGCCGCCCCCGUGGCUCCACGCUUCCUUUCCCUUCUCGACAGAACCCGCCCGGCUCGCGUCACGGGAAGAUGAACAGUGGCAUUUUUUUGAAACUGCUGAUCCUUUACUCACCUCACUGGCCGACAGAUCCCAGACCUGUUUCAGCGGCCUCCCGCUUAGUCUCUUAUACACAAUCAGACUCAGUGUGGCAGAAGUUUUUAUUAUCUUAUUGUAUUUUAUUUUAUUUAUGACGGAUAUCCAUUUAUCAGAUCUGAGACUGAUUAUCUGAGGAACAUCAUUUCAUUGAUUGUUGAGCUGAUUACUCAUAGCACUUAACACUCAAAGGGAAAAAAAAAGAGGUACAAUAUAUUAUUUGUCACUGGGGUCAAUCUUUUACCACACAUGACCCUACCUUUUUCCUGUGUGCCCGCCAUGACAACUGUCUGUUGAUACCGUGGCUGUAUUUCAAAGGGAACUUAAAAGAUUGUAAAGGAAGCAACAUUUACGAUGCUCGUUGAGCGAUAUUGUCCAUGUGGGCCCCCAUGCAGCGGCCAGGAUAUUGAAUAAACGAGCGGGUAUGGAUGGUGCGUCCUCACCUUGCAGGGAAACAACGGGCCUGUGGGCUGUGCAGACUGAUGCCUCUAUGUUGUCAUAGUGCAUGCUGUCUGCUAUCCAUCACUGGGUGGGUGUAUCACACCGGUGACAGUGUAAGUACCCCGGUGGUGAGACAGCCAGGAAAGCAUGAUGGAUAGGUCGACCCAUCUGAUACAGUACAAUUGGCUGAGGCCGGAGACCAGAGCCUGUCCAAAUGGACCAAAUUACCCCCCACUAACCCUGCUUAGAAUGGCUUUGCAUCGGGAGAAUGAAAUAUGCCUGCAGUGUCUACCUCAAAAAAUCAAUUUCAUUCGCCCAUCUGCAGAUCAAUAGGUACAAUGGGAUUGCAGAGAUUGAUCCGCUUUCCCUAAGACAUUCCCAAUUCUCUUAAAAUUGUGUUGUUGCUUUUAGAGAUGUCUUGUUUUGUGUGGGUUUUUUUUUUAAUUCAGUCCAUCAGAAUGAUGAAAACAAGCAGAUUCUUUUUCCCAUCAGCAAUUGUAUGUAUAGUCACUGUUCUAAAACUAUGUGAUGUCAGUAAAAAAAUGUUUGUUUAAUGCCUUAUAAUGCAUGGGUCAAAUCAGUUCGCUAGAACAGCCAAUUUCCAAUUCUGCUUUUAAACAAUUGUUCCGUGACUGUAAUUUAUUCUGGGGUGGUCAUUACUGUCGUGCUGCUCCCUCGUGACCGGCCCGUCGGCCCGCCCGCCCUCAUUGUUCUGUGCCGAUGUGAUGGUGUUUUGGGGACUUUCCUCCAGCCUCUUUUGCUGUGGCGCUUUGCGUUUUAGUUGUUUCCUGCUCUGCUAAGUGCACGUUCGCCUCGGCGGCCUGACUGUAAGGGUGGGGGGUGGGAGUUUGACUCACGGCGUCUCCUGACCGACAAGGUCGUAGAGCCUCGCGCGAGAUAGCGAACCCUCCCACCAACACACCCCCCGCAUCGAUCCCGGCCCGGCCUGUCCCGACCAGAUAAAACACCUUCCUUCAACCUGUCACGCUUCCGCUUCGCAGUGAAACCUACAGAUGUCCACACGCGUGUGAGUGUGAGCGCGUCCGACGCCGUGUACGUUAUUUGGAUGAGAGUGUGCUUUAAACCCUCCUGGUACUCUGUGAAACCUUGUGCUAAAAACUCUAUU